CCGCCGAGCUCCCACAAUGGAGCGUACAUUACUACUCCUAGCCUUAACGGCUGGAAUCUGGGCGGGACCAAUAACCGAUAUAACUUCACGUGAUACAUGCUCAACGACAUGCACUGACUCAACCAAAUUCGGAUAUCAACCUGGAACUACCUACGAGUACGAUUACGAUGUUGACACAACAACUCUCAUUCAGGGGGCAUUUGAAGGAAAAUCCGGGAUGAAGAUGACAGCGAAAGUUCAAGUGGAAGUGUUGUCAAAAUGUGACCUUGUACUGGAGGUCAAAAGCGUACAACUCCACGAACGAAACCCCGAGUCCCCAGAAAACCUGAUCCUCUCAACAAUGUCCAGAGAAUUCAGCAGUCAGCUGGAAGAAAACUCACUGAGAUUCUCUUUCCAAGAUGGCCGCAUCGAGUCUCUGUGCCCUGCUGAAAGGGAAAAGACCUGGGUUCUCAACAUCAAGCGAGGUAUCCUGUCAAUGAUUCAAAACACCAUGGAAGAUCUGCAGGUCGACCAGAAAGUUAGAGAGGCGGACGUGACAGGAACUUGUGAUGCCGAUUAUACGGUGUCCGAAGAUGGGUGGUACACAGUAACAAUCAAGAAGCACAAGAACCUCUUGGGGUGCACAGAACGCCAUGGAUACCAGACAACACUACAAGGAACACCCUACAGAGUGCCAUCGGAAAUCCAAUCCAUGCCUGUCAUGAAGAGUAGUCACUCUUGCCAGCAGGAAAUCAGCAAAUCUGGAGUCCUGAAGGGAUCAUCUUGUACUGAACAACAUGUUUUCAGGCCUUUCUCACGUAACGAUAAGGGUGCCAUGACAGAAAGCAAGCAGACACUGAAAUACGUAUCUGAGAAGAGCGGAGUGUCAGCAGCACGAUCUGUAAGUCGAAAGACUGACAUGAACUUUGAGCAUCAUUAUGAUGUUGCCAGUAACACGAAAACCCGUAAGGAUAUUGAGAGACAACUAGUCAACAUUUGCGCCCAAACAACAGAGGAUGUUCGUCCUGAGACACCUCGUCUUUUCUCUGACCUUGUUUACAUCAUGCGAGCAGCUGAUUCUCAGACACUGAAGGAUGUUUAUUCCAAUGUACAGAGUGGUUCUCUUUGUGGCAACAACAACCAAAAAGUCAGAAAAUUCUUUAUGGAUGCCAUUCCCAUGGUUGGAACCUCUGCCUCUGUUGCAAUGCUAUCUAAAAUGAUCAAUGACAAUGAAGUAACUGGAAUUGAGGCUGACAUGUGGUUGACAACUUUAGCUUUCAUUCCAAGCCCUUCAAAGGACAUGAUCAAAGAUGUUCAGCCUCUUCUAAAGAAGAAUGGUAAAGCCCUGUUGGCCGUAAGCUCAUUAGUUAACACCUACUGUAAGACCGCUGAAUGCGAGAACGACAUGGACAUUGCUAACGUCAUUUCUGCACUUGAGGAUAAAAUUGGAUAUGGAUGCUAUGUUGAUGAAAACAACAAAGAUAAUAUCGUCUUGACUCUUCGUGCUCUUGGAAAUUCUGGCCACAUCAGUUCAGCAACUGCUACAGUUAACAGCUGUAUUUCUCGAAAAGACAACCCAAUAGAAGUACGAAUUGCUGCAAUUGAGGCCUUCCGUCGUGCUUCAUGUGACAAUGAUAGAACUGAAGCAUUAAAGGUAUUCAAUGACAAAGAGGAAGAUUCUGAAAUGCGAAUUGCUGCCUACUUGGCCCUCAUGCAGUGUCCAUCCACAAGCAUUCUCUCUACUGUUCGAUAUGCUCUGGAGAAAGAAGAAGUCAACCAAGUAGGCUCUUUUAUCUGGUCUCACCUAACAAACCUUAUGGAAUCCUCCAGUCCCUUGAAGCAGGAUAUAAGAUCUAUCCUGGAGAGUGAAUACCUGAAAAAAGAAUUCAACAUGGACAAAAGAAAGUUUUCUAGAAAUUAUGAAGGAUCCUUCUUCCUGGAGAAAAUCAACACUGGGGCUUCUGUUGAAAGCAAUUUGGUCUGGUCAUCCAAAUCCUUCAUUCCACGAUCAUUGAUGGCCAACCUGACUGUAGACUUGUUCGGAAAAUCGGUCAAUAUUCUUGAAAUCGGUGGACGAGUUGAAGGUCUGGAAUACUUCCUUGAGUCUUACUUUGGACCCAAUGGCUACUUCACUGAAAAAGAUGUCAAGAAAGCAACAACACAGGUUAUAAAAGGAGUUGAUACCAAGAAAAUGAAUAAAAUCGAAAGUCAGUUUGGUAUGGGGAUGGAUCAACUUAAAGGAGCUCUCUACCUUCGAGUGUUUGGAAACGAACUCUCCUAUAAUAGUUUCAAUGGCCUUGACAACCUUUUAAGUGGUGAUAGUUUCAACAUUCUUGAGAUGCUGAUCAGCAUGUCUAAAAAUCACGACUACACAUUCACACAGAACAUCAUGUUUUUGGACACUUCAAUGAUCAUUCCAACAAGUGCUGGAUUCCCACUUAAUCUGACAAUCAACGGAACUGCCACAAUAGACAUGAAAGCCUCUGGAAAAGCGGACCUCCGUAAAAUGGGUACAAGUCCCAUGAGUCUUCUCAUUAGCGGACGCAUCCAACCGAGCGCUGCAGUCGAAAUUUCGAGCAUGAUGAGCGUUGAUGCUUUUGUGACAAAGAGCGGAUUGAAGAUGGUAUCAACACUUCAUUCCAGCACAUUGCUGAAGGGUCAUGUAGAGCUACAAGAUGGAAAAAUCUUUAAUGCCAACCUAGAUAUGCCUAAGGAUAAAAUAGAAAUUUUUAGUCUCAAAACUGCUUUCUUUACCCUUCACCGCGACGUAGAAAAAGAACAGAAAAUGAUCACAAAAAAUAAACAAACACACAAAACAUGCACGGGAUUCAAACUUGCCAAAAUCACUGGAUUGAAAUUGUGCGGAGAAAUCCAGUUUCCCAAUGCAUCUCUUGAGGCGAAUGCUCCAUACUUUCCUCUAACAGGGCCAGUGAACAUGGAUCUCUCUCUGGUGAAAGAGGAUUCACACAAAUCAUACAAUGUAGAAGCCAGAUUUACAAAGACCAAGAAAGACGUUAAUAUCCGUAUGGCGUUUGACACGCUAGGAUCACGAGUUGAUAGAACUCUUUCUGCAGAAUUUUUACUUGACAAAAAAGGUUCCAAGGUCGAGUUUGGUGUACAGUCUCCAUGGACUAAAGCUGUUUUCACAGGUAAAGUUCAGGAUGAGAAAAAUCUAAAACACGUCAGUGGAAAAUUCGUCUACGGAAAGAGGGAAUACUCUGUUGUUGCCGAAGUAGCAAAAUCAAGGAAGGGUAACAGCUAUGAAUACAAACCCCAUGUCGAAAUAACCGCUCCCAAAAUGAAGCCCAUCCAACUUAAAGGGGGAAUCAAAUAUGAAGGGAUGAAGCUUUUGGAUGCUAAUUUGAUAUUAAGUGGGGCAUCCAAACAACCAAUCAAAGCAGAAGUUAACUACUCUAAGAAAAGAAUAGUGGUAUUAGCCAAAGCGAGUAUCAGCUUUGAGAAGAAGAAAGAAUACGCUAUUGAAUCCAGAGUUCAGAAGUCAGCAACCAAGAAAGCUGUCAGGUACAGGCCAUACCUGUCGAUCAAAUCACCAGAGAAGGAACUCAUUAGUUUCGGGGGCUCAGCGGAGUACAAGACUGGAAAAGCAUUGAAAGUGGAUUUAACCGUUGAUCGCAUCGUUUCAAAGCCAAUGAAACUCUUGGUCCAAAUAAGAGAUGGAAGCAACAAGAAGAGUAAAGGUAUCAGAUCCAGAAUAGACAUUAAGUCACCAGUCUUAACCACCAAAUGGACUUCCAUGCUCAUGCUUAAAAAUCAAAAAAUAGGCAUCGUCCGCUCUACACUUGACUACGUUAUUCCUCGAGUCAGCAGAGACAAGGUAACCCUGAAUGGAAAACUGAAUGUCCGCAACACAAAGAGCCUUGCAGCUGCCAAAGGAAACAUGGUUUUAAAUUUUAAACAACAAUCUGAUUACAACCUCAACGUCAAGUUCGAUAUCAGUAAGAACUGGAAACAUUCAGAAGCUAAUGUGAUUGCCAUAUAUGGACCUAACAAGAAAGAUUUCAAAAAACGCAUCGAGGUGGACAGUAAAAUGAAUCACAUUAUUAACUGGAAACAGAAGAAAAUCAAUAUUGAUGCCAGCAGCAAAUUCAUAUUCCCAUAUUUUGGUGUGAAUUACCAAAUGAAAGGAAAGCACGUACAGACCUCCAAAUCCAUUGAUUCAUCCUUGGAUGUCCUUUUUGGAAAGAAAUCCUCCUACAGUGCCACACUGGAGUUGAAAGACAAAUCCAAGAAAUUUACAAGUAUGGUUGGUAAAUUUGGUAUUUCUAUCCCAGGCAGAGAUAUCAUCAUUAGUAAUGUAUUUGAUCAAAACAAUGCCAAAAAAUACAGCAACGUCCUGACAGUUCAGCUUGAGAGUGGGAAGAAAAGUAUUAUCCAAACAACGCUGCGCAAUGUUGCUACAAACGAGUACGACAUCACAACUUCUUUCAAUGUUCCAACAUUUGAACUGCUAACAGUCUCAGGACAAUACAGACUCAUACCUUCAAAUCUACAGGCUAAUUCUGAAAUCCAGUAUGGAAAGACUAAGUAUGCUAUGGCUUUGUCAUCUCUUGUCCGAACUGGAUCGCGAAUUCAACUUGCAGGUGAAUUGGAAUGCCCCACUCGCAAAAUCACAGCUGAGUUUGACACUAGAAUGAAAAACCCCGUGUACUCAAGUAAACUUGAUGUCAAAUGGGAUGCAAGCAAAGACCCCUCAAAACAACUGAUGCUGCAGGGAGAAGUAACCAAAGGAGAUCAAAAUGUGGAAGCUACACUAUCCAAAGUAAGCCCUCUAGGAUCCGGCAGUCUUAGUUUGAAACACCAGAGCGGUGAUAAGUACAUAACUCACGCCCAUGCAAAGUGGAAUAAAGAAAUGGUUUCCAUGGACUCUACCUUUGGACAGGAAAAGAAUGGUUACAAAGCAGGUUUAAAAAUUAAAUCUCCAUUUAAAAACUACAAAUCCAUCAACAUUGAUUUCAGCCACCAAAAUGAUAAAACAAAGUCUUCAUCAACCAUUGACAUCGACUGGAAACCAAUGAAGCGCAUGUCUUCUACACUGUCAUUAAAGCAACCAUUACGAUGGGAUGAUAUGGAAGCUACUCUUGAUGUAAAGACACCUAUUCCAGGAUUUGAAAGAUCAGGAAUUGAAGUAAAACACAAAAAGUCUGACAGAAUAGAAAGUAUGAUCAAGUUCUCCUGGAACAAAGAUUUUCUUCAAGCAGAUAUCCUUGCUGCAGACAAAAGCUCAGUAUCCUCUAGAGAUCUCACCGGAAGGUUGAGUCUGAAAUCCACUCUUGAAGAUAUUACAUCUCUUUAUGCCGCUGUGAAACAUGUGGACAACGGACAGAGGUUUGAAAACAGCAUUAACUUCGAGCACAAUGGAAAAGCAUACGGCUACGAAGGGGAAAUUACUCAUUUCCGAAAUGGGUUGCAUUUGCAGAACAGUGGAAACAUCAAGCUGAGGAGUCCAUCCAGAAAAGUAGAAUCCUCCUGGUCACACAGAAAUACAUUUGAGGACAUCCAAUCAAACUUUAAGUUUGCAUCCGGUGCUAGCAACAUUGACUUUAGCUUGAAUGCAAAGCAGAGUAUGUCAAUUCCACGAGGUACAUUGUCUGUCAAAUCCGAACUGCGCUCCUCAUUUGACAUCGUUGAAGAUAUUGCCUUGGAGAUUUCACAUGAACAUGGGGUUGGAAUGAUCGAUAACCAGAUUCAAUACAAUGUCAAAGGAAAGAAAGUCUUCUCCUUGAUAAAUAUCUAUAAAAGAAACAGCGGAGUUGCAUCUUCAAGACAUACUUGUUCAUGUCAUGGAAUUACAAAGACCCUGACUGUAUCCUCUCAAUAUCAAGGUUAUCCUCUAUCUGGCAGAAUUGAGUAUCUGUCCAAUAAGAAAUCAGAGGCUAUGAUUGAUGGUACGUUUAAUAUUUCCCCAGUUGGACUGAUGAGUGGGAAACUCGAAGCAAUGAUGAGUCAUGUUGAUGAAUUGAAAACAUUGAAGAUUACAAUGGAUCAAUCGAACGAGCGAGGUGAAACUGUUACCAGAUCAUCUAUCGUCCUUCCUACUGGAGACACAAUCACGAUGGAAAACCGUGGACAAUGGGGAGAUAAGAAGAGCUUGAACACUAUUUUGAACACCCCAUAUAAAAAUCUUCGCAAAAUGACCAUUGGUGCCGAGUUUUCAGGUAACUACAAAUCCUUCCAUACAAGCGCUAACAUGAUGAUCAAUCCACUCUUUGGACCAAUGUCUGUCACAUCCCAAUGGAGUUCAUAUGGUGGAAUAAUUGCUAGCAUUCAAGUCAACACUCCAUUUGAACAAUACAAACAAAGCCGUAUCUCAUUCACACACAAUAAUCAGAGAGAGAAAAAAGUAACAGAAUUGAGUGUUGAAUAUUUACCAGGCAAGACAAUAAAGUUGGAGUCUUCUUUGCAACCAAAUCUUGAAAACCUAGAGGGUAGCAUUGCAUUAACAACACCAUUCCAAGAACUUCCAUAUUCAGCAGCAUCUAUUCGCCAUAGCGGUGAUAGUCGUCAAUUCCAAUGCCAUGGAGAAAUUGAAUACACCCGAGGGAAAAAAAUCCAAGGAGAUAUAACCUUUUCAAAUAGCAAAAAAGUAGAAGGAACCUUAGUACUUAGGUCUCCUUUUGCUAAUGAUUUCAUUGCUGCAUUUAACCACGAAGGAUCUCUUUCUCAAUUCUCCUCCCACGCAGAAAUGCAGUAUGGGAAAGCAAAAAAAUAUGAAAUUACCGGAAACUAUGGCAAUUUAGCUGGAAAUAUUAUUAUUAAAUCUCCUCUCCAUGAAGACAUGUCUGCUUCUUUUAAACACAAGGGAAGUAUUUUCGAUUUCGAUACACACAUUGACGCUUUGUACGGCAGGGGUAAAAAGUACGAAUUGGAUGCCAAAUACCGUCAACUGUCUGGAACUGUAAGCUUCAAAUCUCCUCUCUUAAAAGAUAUGAGUGCUUCAUUUAGCCACAUAGGAGAACUAAAAGACUUUAUUUCCAACGCUGAAUUCCAGUAUGGCAAAUCAAAGAAGUAUGAAGCAAACAUGAAGCUUUCACUCACUAAAACAUCAACAGGAUCAGUUUCAUUCUCCUCCCCAGUCACAGAUGAUUUUGCAACAUCCUUUUCACACGAAGGCCACAUGAAAGACUUCAAAAUUACUUUCGAUGGUAAAUAUGGGAAACAUAAAGGAUCAGUCAUGUCAGCGUUUAAAAAUGCGAAGAAGAUUCUUGGGUCCUUGGAGCUCAAAUCUACCUUUGUCGACAAUAUGAAAGCUGAAUUUUCCCAUGAAGGCACUUUAAGAAAUUUUGAGACCGGUGCCUCUUUGACAAAAGGAGGAAAGGCUGUAAUCGAAGGGUCUGUUGCAUUUUCAACCGCAAAGAGAAUAAGUGGAUCAGCGACAUUGAAAACACCAUUUCACAGGGAUAUUUCAGCAACAUUCAAACACUCUGGUGAUCUUUCCAAAUUUCAGACGACAGGAAACAUAAAGAUGGACAAAAAAAUACAGUUUAAAUUGAUUGCUAACGUUGUAAUUAAAAAGAGAGCAAAAGCAACGAUCCAAAUUGAAAAUCCUUUUACCGAACCCAUCAAGCUUACGAUGACCAAGAAAGGAAAACCAACAAACAUGCGAGUAAUUACAAAUGCUUUUAUCGGAAAAGGAAAGAAAUAUACGUCUGAUAUCACCCUGAAGCGAGGAUCAACAUCUGCCGUUAUCGUUAACAUUGUCACUCCUAUACCAGGAUACAAAAAAGUGAAGGGAAUCUGGAACUUUAGUGGGAACAUGAAGAGUUUUAAAACCUCUGCUCGAGGUUCAAUUGGAAAAGAGUCCAUUGCAGCAGAUAUCAAGAUGUCUCUCCGACCAAACUUCAAGGCCGACCUUUCUGUGGAGACACCAUUUAAAGGAUACAAAAAGGCUGGCGUCAUCCUUUCUCAUCAAGGUUCCCUAAAGAACUUCCAGUCCCAUGGAGAGGUAACAGUGGGAAAGAACAAGCUAUACAAUGCCGAUAUCAUGUUUGCUGUAGAUCCGAAGAUCGCUACCUCCAUUGUUCUUCAAACUCCAUUCAAGAACUUUGAAAAAAGCGAAAUGUCUGUAACACAUGAUGGUUCUUUAAGAAACUUCAACAACCAACUCAACAUCUUAUUCCCUAAUAAAAAACGCAUUUUGUCUAGUCUAAAAGUUGAUUCUCGAUCAGAUAUUUCAGUAGAGGUCUCACUCCAAACACCCUUUAAAAACUACGAAAUGAUGCAAGGAUCAUUUUCCCAUAAAGGCAACUGGAAGAACUUCCAAAUUCAUGCCGAAGGCUCUGAUGGAACAAAUAGGAAAUUGACCGGGGAAAUUGGAAUGAAACUUCUUGAUCAAAUAACGGGUUAUCUAAAGUUUACAAGUCCAUUUAAGUCGGCACAACUUUUAAAGGCCAGUGCAUCACACGACGGAACAUAUAACAAUUUCCAUAGUCAUGCUGAAUUUGAACUUAAUAAUGACAAAUCUGAAAUUGAUGUCAAUUUCAGUUCCCUAGUUAAACUAGAAGGAAGAGUUCUUGCCAAAUCGCCAUACUUCCAAACAAUUGACGGCACCUUUGCACAUGAAAGUUCUCCAGUUUUGACUACAACUGCAAUCAAAUAUGGAAGAAGAAGUCUUUUGGACGGGAAAUUGUCUCUUAAAUCAUCUCCUCUCCAAGGAUCCUUGUUUGUGAACUCCAUUUACACCAAACCUUUGAGAGCCAGCUUGACCCACUCAGGAACACUCCAAAGAUUUAACACAGAGGCUGAAAUCACUUAUGGAAAAGAGAAAAUAAAAUCCAGUACAGAGUUCGAUUGGACAAAUGAUUUAUCUGCUAGAACUUCACUGACAACAACAUUGGGAAAAGUCAAAACUGUGGAAGCUUCGUUUUCACAUGCUGGAAGACUGAGCAACUUCAAAUGUCAUGCUGAGGCAUCUGCUAACGGUCAGAUUGUUGAAGGUGACUUAACAUUUGCAAGCAUUAAUUCGCUUGAGGGGACACUGUCCAUACGCACACCAUUUGCUGAUUAUAGAGAAAGUGACUUCCUCUUCCGACACAGUGGUGGAAUACUCAAUUUCAACAGUCAUGCUGAAUAUUCACAUGAAGGCAAAAAAUCUGAAAUUGAGUUGAAUGUUGAAAUGGACAAGAGAGUUAAUGUUAUCGGAUUUGUUAAAAGACCAUCUACCAAUGAUAUCAUGUUUAAACUGACUCAUGCUGGAUCCAGCCAGAAAUUCAAGAGCGGAACUGAGUUGAUCUACGGAGGAGAAAAGAAAAUCCAAGGAGAAGUGUCCUUUGAUACAGUUCCUUCACUUACCUUCCAAGCUUCCCUGACAUCAAAAUGUCCAGUUGUCAGGAACAUCCAACUUUCUAUUUCACAAACUGGUGCAUCUGAAAAUUUCAACAUUAGAUCUUCAGCAAGUUUCAAUGGCAAAGAAGUAACAGGAAAUGUUGGGCUUGACCGACGCAGCGGAAUCAAUGGCUACUUUACUCUGAAAACUCCAGUCUCCGAGGAUAUCAUGGCAUCACUCAAACAUAAUGGUCCCUUUACAAACUUCAAAACUGUUGGAGAACUUUCAUACAGUGGAAGAAAACAAAUCGAAUUUGACGUAUCACUCGAUGCCUCGUCAUCUAUUAUCGGACAAAUAUCAUUCAAAACUCCCAUAAGUGCUUUAAAUGAUAUCAAAGCUAAUUUCCGUCAUGAAGGGGACCUGAGCAACUUCAAAAAUUCAGGGUCAGUCAGUGUCUCUGGGAACGAAAAGAUAUCUUGUGAUAUGUCCUACAGCUCCAAUCCCAUAUCUGGAUCUUUCAAUAUCAGAAGCGUUCUUGGAAAAUUGAAUGGAGCAUUCAAUCAUAUCCAGUCAUCAAGAUCAAUGAAUUCCCAUGCUGAACUUAAUGCUAAUGGCUACAAUUCCCAAAUAGAUGCCACUUAUUCCAACGAUGGUAUUAAAGAAGGAUCCGUAUCUAUAUCAAGCCCAAUCUGUGGAAAUAUUGGCGCCACUUUCACUCAUGAUUACAAUGAUGCCCAAAUCACAAGCAGUAUAAAAAUGCAUUCAGAGGACAAAAGUAUUGCUGCAGCAACUGAGAUUGCCUUUGUUGACGGUGUAAGUGGAAAAGUUUCUUUAAAAUCUCCAUUCCAAGGAUUCGAACAACAAUCUAUUUCCGCCAAGUAUGCAUUUGCUGAGGAUUUCGCCGGGGAUUUCACAAUUGAUUACAAUAAUGGACAAAGAAUAGAGGGCCAGAUGUCAUUAACAGGUAGAGACUUCGUAGAAGGUAAACUUGUCAUCAAAACUCCCUUUGAAGGCUUCAGAGAGUCCAGUGCUGACGUAUCGUAUACCAUUUCCUCUUCUGGGUUAAAGGCAACUGCUAAAGCUACAUUCCGUCAGCAGAGCGUUUCAUCUGAUAUUAGCUUUGCCAAAAAUCCACUUCAGGGUAGCAUUAUAUUGAGAACACCUUUUAUGGGCUUUGAAGAAAUGAAAUCUUCCUUUAACCAUGUCAGUUCUGGGUCUGGCUUCAAAAAUCACAUUGAAGGAACAAUAGGUGGAAAAACCAUUCAAGCUGAUACUUUCUUCAACCACAGAAAUUCUAUAAUUGCAAGUACCACGAUUAAUACUCCGGUACAGGGAAUGAGAAAACUUUCAGCCUCUUUCAACCAUGAAGUAAAGGACAGUGGUAUUUCGACCGUAGCUAAAGCAGGAAUUGAGAAAGAAGAAUUAUUACUUGAGGCCACAUUCAACAAAAGACCAAGUGUCACAGGCGCUCUUAGGGUUUCAACACCUUUCUCAGGAUUUGAAGACCAAAGAGUGUCCUUCAAUUUUGAGAAGACACUGCUGGGUUAUCAAUCACAGGCCGAAGCUACUUAUCAGACGAAAAAGAUCGAAGUAACCGGUAAUCUGAAUAUCGAUACAAUCGUUGAUGGAGAUCUCCAAGUCAUCACUCCUUACUCAGGUUUUGAAAGACAGAAAAUCUCAUUCAGAGGCGAAAGUAACAAAGUACACGGUAUAUUGUUAUUCAGACAGAAAUCAGUUGAGGUUAAUGGUGAACUUAUGUCUGAUCAAGGAUCACUCUCGGUUGAGUCGUCUUUUCCAGGUUUUGAAAGUCAAAGAAUAAGCUAUACGACUGAUGACAAGAAAGGCCAUGUAGAAGGCACCUUUAGACAAAAGACAAUUGAAAUUGAUACAUAUCUUUCUACCAACAAAGGUAGUCUCUCAAUCAAAACACCUUUCACUUCUUACGAAAAUCAGAACAUAAUGAUUACCAUUGAUGGCCAGAAAGCCCAUGUAGAGGGCACUUUCGGACAAAAGACUAUUGAAAUCGAUGGAGAACUUUCCGCCAAGAAAGGUAGUCUCUCCAUCAAAACACCUUUCACUUCUUAUGAGAAUCAGAAUUUACUUUUUACCAUUGAUGACCAGAAAGCCCAUGCAGAAGGCACUUUCAGACAAAAGACCAUUGAAAUCGAUGGAGAACUUUCUCCCAACAAAGGCAGUCUCUCAAUUAAAACACCUUUCACUUCUUACGAAAGCCAAAAUAUCAGGUUUUUAAAGAAGGGCUCAAAAAUGCAAGUUGAGGGAACAUUUAUGGAGAAAACGGUUGAAAUUGACGUCACUUUCAAAAGAGGUAAAAGAAUGGAGGGACAAAUUGCUAUUAGGACACCAUUCCAUGGUUAUCUUCAACAGGAAGCUUUCUUUUCUCACGAAAUUACCAGUGAGAGUUGCCAGACACACGCUGAGAUGAUCUUCAAUGAACAAAAGUCAGAGUUUGAUCUUAAUAUUAUCAGGGGAAGUAAAACUGGAUUUAAAGUAUCUCUAAGAACACCUUUCAAUGGCUUUGAAGAGCAGGACUUCCUCCUUGAGUUUGAGAGAUCAUCCAGAGGUUUAACUGGACGCGCAGAAGGCAACUUUAAAAGAGAGAAAAUUGAAGCCGAUCUAAGUAUUGAAUUUCAGCCACAAAUUUCGGGCAAUCUUAUUGUAAAAACACCUUUCGAAGGAUACGAGAAACAAAAUAUGCAAUUUACAUACCAAAUGACAUCUCGGGACAUCACAUCCCAUCUGGAAGGUUCAUUCCGUCGGCAAAGAUUAGAGGCAGAUCUUUCUGGAUCUAUUCAAAAUGCAGGUAUGAAUGUGAAUUUUAAGAUGCAAACACCUUUCAGUGGUCUUGAAAUUGUUAGCGCCCAAGCUACAAGCUCGUGGUCCUCCUUUGGAUAUCAUGUCCACGUCGAAGGUGGAAACAAUAAAAACAAACUUGAAUUCGAUAGUUCUCUGGAUACCUCAGACGCAGUAUUGGCUUCCAUGUCUCUUAAGACACCUUUCUCUGGUUUCGAGUCUACAUCAUUUUCAUUCAACAAAGAUGGACCUUUGAAGAAUCUAGACGUAUCCAGCACUUUGGUCUUUGGAUCCUCUCAAACGGCAUCAGUCUCCCUACGUAACAUUGUAAGAGAAUCAUCAUCCGAACACAUGUUGAAAAUUCUGAGCCCUUACACCCAUAUUUCUGCCAUGCAUACACAGUCCUCAGAUAGUGGUUCAGUUCAAUCUCAAAGCGAAUUUACCAUGGGAGACCGGUACAGUUUAACUCAUACUAAUUCUCUGCAAUACAAUGACGAUCCUUUGAUCGACUUCACGUCUACAACUACUUACACUAUUGAUGGUGUUAGUUCCACAACAAUGACAAAGGUACAUCAUGAAGGCUCACUUCGAAACUUCAAGACUGACGUCAUGACAAGGUAUGGAAAUGAGGAAUCAACAGUAUCAGUGCAGUUCAAAAAUACAGACGCAAUCGAAGGCUCCCUAGCAAUAAAAUCACCAGUGCAAUACCUUCGUGACAUCAGCGCUAAAUUUUCCCACAGCGGUGACUUUGAUCAAUUCACUACCUCCGGUGAUUUCCAGCAUGAAAUGACAGGAAAAGUAGAAGGAACAUUGGCAUUUUUCAGACAGAACUGGCGUCGUGUCAAUUCUAAUUUGGUAAUCAAAACACCUUUUAGUGGAUUUGAAAGAACAAAACUGAGCGUGAAACACACAGCAAAUAGAAACAGCGUCAGAUCAUUUGUUGAUGUUACAUACGGAUAUGAUCAAAACAUUCGAGCUUCAGCAAAAGGAUCCAUUGAGCCUAUGGAAGCAGAACUUUCAUUUACAUCUCCAUUUAAAGGAUUUGAAAAUCUUCAAGCAAGUGCCAAAACUUCAAUAAUAGGAGGUAAAUACAACGGAGAUGUGGUCUUAUCAAGUCAAGACCGUGCAAUAUCUCUAAAAUCUAAUCUUGAUGUUGACUCAACACCUAUGUCAAUUGCUAUCGUCCUUGCAACUCCAUUUUCUGGACUGGAAUCAAUAAAAUUAGCUGGUUCACACAGAGGAACUUCUCUUGACUUUACCACCAGUAUUGAUCUGCAAACAUCCUUUGGAAAUGCGAAGUCUGAUGCUAGCUUCAGGUUCAACUCUAUUUCUGAUGCCGAUGGUUCAUUUUCCUUGGCCAGUGACAUGAAUGGUCUUGAAAAUAUCAAAUUCAGUAUGAAAAACAAUAAAAAUGGCAACGAAUUCAGAAACAAUCUGGAAGCUUCAUGGAUGAAUGGUCAAAGUAUUGUAUCUGAUGCAACAUAUUCCAGCAGUGAAUCAUGGAGAAUCACAACACGCAAAGCUGGACUAACCAUCAGCACUCCUUUCAGUCAGCUAAGAAAACUUACUAUUCAAGGAAAUAACGAUAAAUCAUCAGACUCCCUCAAACAAUCUAUGCUUGCUGAGAUAAAUGGUAAAAGAUUAUUGGACAUGGACAUUGCAUAUGAGAAAAAUUCCAAACACUCUAUUUCCGCCGUGAUGAGAGAACCACAGCCUAUGAAAUUCGAAGGAGAAACAGUUUUCUCUGAUUCCAUAAAAUCAGCACUGAUUUCCAUGAACUUGGAUACAACAUCGUCGGAAAGGCAGGCAAAAUUAGAGACAAAAUAUGUAGUAGACCCAUACACUCAGAAGAAGGAAGCUUUAGUCAAAAUUUCAACACCUACGAGAUCUGUUGAAGUAAAGGGAUCUGGAGAAAUGUCAUCAAACCGUAUGCUUUCUUCUUGGGAUAUCCUGAUUGAUGAUACCCAGACAUUUGGAUUCGACGCUGAGCAUUCAUUGGUGAAAAGGCGUGCCAACUAUGCCAAUGGAAACACACUAAAGUUAAGAUUUCCAGAGAGAAGUGUUGCCCUUUUUGGAUCCUUUGAAGAUAAAUAUGGUAAAAAGUCUGUAGAUGGAUCCGUCAUGUGGGAUGCAGACAGAGACACAUCCAAGAAAAUUGGUAUCAGUGCUAGCGUUACUCCCCAAGGAGACUCUUUCAAAGCUGAUGUGUCUUUUGAAAUCCCAAGUAUUGGCAAGGAUGUGAAGUUGGAUUCUGAAAUGACCCUAAAUCGAGGAAGUAUUUUAUUCGAUGGUAAGACAGAAUUCAAAUACUCCAAAGACGAAGACAAAACCGUUGUUAUUAACUCUCGUUUUGAAGAUAUUUCAACCGGAUUGAACAAGAACUACACCUUUAGCUUGGGACUGAGACACAUUUUCAGCAGUGUUGAUGUUCAAUUAAAAUCACAUGUUGGAAUGUCAGAUGACAAGUACACCAGUGGAAUCAAAGUUGACUACAUGACAGCAAAACGCAUAAAGAAGAACUUUGCUUUGAUGGGUGAAAUAGACAGUCUUCGUCGUCAGAUGAAUGUAGAGGUUGUCUCUCCUGUAAAAUCGAUGAUCAUGUCUGGAAAACUGGAAUCGAAGCCUUAUAAGUUGAGUUUGCGCAAUGUGUACGAUAAUACCAAGGAAAUCAACUCUCAAAUCACCUUUGACAUCGAAAACAGACUUUUAGCUGCCCAAAUGAACUACGAUAUCGGAAACCCAGCCAAUGUCUUACACUUUGUUGCUAAAUAUGUAAAUGACAGCGCUAUCUUAGCGGAGAUGUAUCGAGAAGAAAACUCACGUAGAAUCACUGAGAGUCUUCUUGCUAUGAGACUGAAUACUUCCAGAAUCUUACACACCCGUGUUCACUGGAGACCUACGAUGAUUCAAGAUAUCAAAGCAUCUGGACUUGGAAAAAUUGCUCUGAACAGCAGACGGAUAAACAUUGCUUUCUCUGAAGCUGCAAAGGCCUUUGGCAACGAGCUGAAUUCUAAAUACAAUUUGAUUCGUCAGUCCGCAAGCGACGGAUAUCGCCCAUAUGGGGAAUUCAUGGAGGAAAUCAUUGGAGAAAUUGCAAGAACUUACCCCAGUAUUGACCUCACAAACAUUAGACACAUGAUUCAAAGUAAUCCUGUCCAAUGGGAAGAUUUUCCUGGUAAAGACAGAUAUGAUCUUUACGUAGAGGCCAUCAAAGAACUCAUCAUACUUGUUGAAUCGAAGGGAGGUCAGUAUUACGGAGAGCUAAUGGACUUCAUCGGACAACAAUUUGUCGAUUUAUCUGCUGCCAUCGAGACUGCUAUGAACAAAUAUCAAGAUGCAGUAUCCAGACUUUCAGGAAACCACGUCUCUGAGUAUAUAAAAUCCAAAUACGAUGCUUAUUUAACAAGACUUAGUGAUAUUAGAGUUCCAGACAUGGCUAGCCAGUACACCAAUGCUAUCUAUAAUGUCAGGGACCAAAUUGCUUCUAGGAUGAAUGGUCCUGUUUUGGAAACUAUUAAGGACUCUGGAGUUCAGAGCUAUCAUCUGGCUUACGAUGCAUACAAAUUUUGGGAAGUGGAAGAAAAUGUCAAAUCUGUGAUGAAGAAUGUGUUUGAUAUGAUCAAGAAAGACAUUGAGGAGGAAUUUGCCAUCCUCAAAAAUUCCAUUUCCAACUUAAAAAACUCUAGAAUCACUGUUUUUGAUCCUAAAUCAGGUGAAAUACAAAUGGACACAUACCUGCCAGUCGCUAUGUCAUCCUUGAAAGAACUUCCUAAAGUGUCUGUCACCAAGUAUGUCAACAGACUUCACUCCUAUAUUCCAAAAUAUUCCAACAAAUGGGGAUCAGUGUAUGACUACAUUCCCGAUUCUGAUGUCUCCAACUGGAUUCCACCAUUCAAAGCUGUAGCUACCCUUAAUGGAAAUCAAAUUACAACUUUUGACGGUGAGGAGUUUGACUUUUCCGGAAAAUGUUCCUAUGUUUUAGCACGUGACUACGUUGAUGGUAACUUCUCUGUCAUCAUGAACUACCUCGGCAAAAGCAAGAAACAGCUCAUCAUCACAACAGCUACACAGACUCUGCAAAUAGCUCCUAAUGGAAAACUUCGUGUUGAUGGUAAAAUUGUCAGCGCCCCUUACCAAUCCCGGGAAUUAAGUGUCAAGGCUGACGAGGAGCAUUUGAAUGUGCAUGGCCGUGGGUUCACUGCUUUCUACAGCAUUCCAACAGAUCAACUUAAACUCGUCGUUAGUGGAUGGUACCAUGGCAAAUUAGGAGGAAUUUUCGGAACCAACAACAAUGAAGUCUAUGAUGACAUGAUGACAUCAUCACGCAGCACCGUCACAGAAGUUGAGCCAUUUAUUAACAGCUGGGAAGUUGACAGCAAAUGCCGUUAAACUGAGAAACUGUUGAUGAUGACUAACAUUGAUUUUUUUAUUUGAUUAAUAAUUAUUUAAUGUCUUUGUUAUGUUGAUUAUAUGAACCAAUUAAAGAAAUCUAAAGCAGCAAA